CUACUAUUUCGAGGUGUUUUCACGCGCUGCAUCGAGAAUCGAAUAUAAAUGCCACAUCUGAGCUGCUGGAGGUUGAGUGAAGUCUUUGAAAUUGUAAACGUGGGAGAUGAUGAAGUCUCACAUGGUUCUUAGUAAAGCCGAGAACGCCUACUUAGCAGGGAGGUAAAUAUAGAUGUUUAAUAUGCAAGUCAUCACUCGUUUGUUUCAUCUGACAACGCUGUUCCUGGAUGACGCCAAAAACAGCAGUUGGCUUCGUUAGCUGUGUUAACUGCAAGUAGCUUAGGGGUGUAAAGGAUCAUGGGGGUUGCAUCAGUUUCAUUGGCUUAGCCACUCGCCUGGGCUUUGCCCCGACGAUACGAUCGGCAUAAUUCUACUAUCCAUGGAUGUAGCGCUGCCUCCUGAAGCCGCUGACAACGCAAACGCAUGUGGGCAACGUUGCUUUUUAAAAGGGGCGUGCUGUAUAUAUAUUUCAACGUGUAAAAAUGACGUGCGCUCUCUACUCAGCACGCCGUCGCUACUUUCUUUUUCACUAUCUCGGCACGAGAAAAUAGACAGACAGCGCUAGGAUACAAGAUGACAAGACAAUCCAAUCUUGCCGUCGGGGCUGCGCUCAUUUCUGCCAUCUCCGCCCUAAACCUCGAUAUAAAUGAUCCGGCUUCCGUUAAAAACAUUGCGGCCCAAGUCGCAAAAGGUCUUUACACCUACCACGACCCUAGCUCAACAGCAGGCCAAUUUAGACAGCCACAGCCAUGGUUCUGGUGGGAAUCCGGUUCGGCAUGGAACGCCCUAAUGGACUACACCGUCUACACCGGCGACGCGACAUAUAAAGCCGAUCUCCUCUCCUCCCUAGCCAAGAACGUUGGCGCGAACUACGAUUUUGCCCCAGCAGAACAACAAAACUGGGAGGCGAAUGACGACCAAGUCUAUUGGGUGUACAACGCCCUUAGCGCGAUGGAGUACGGCUUCGAUGCGCUUCCCUGCGAGACCACCAAUGCCAAGGGCGAUGACAGCUGUGCCAAUUCUUGGCUUGCCAUCGGUACGAACGCCUUUAACGACUUCGUGACGCGGUGGGAUAAGGACAGUGCCACUUGCGGGGGUGGGCUAAAGUGGCAGUACGUCGAAACGGCAAAUGGCUAUUAUUACAAGAAUUCCGUAUCCAAUGGUGGGUUCUUCCAGACCGCUGCUCGGCUCGCUCGGUAUACCGGGAACCAGACGUUCGGUGAUUGGGCCACCAAAGUCUGGGACUGGUCCACGAGCGUCGGCUUCGUCAGCGCUGACUUCCACGUUUUCGACGGGGCGGGUGACGAGAAAGACGCGAACUGCUCCGCGAUCAACAAGGACGAGUGGUCCUAUAAUAUCGCGACCUACCUCCACGGAGCGGCGCAUAUGUAUGCGUUCACCAACGAGUCGAUCUGGGAGACGAGAGUCCAGGGCUUGCUUAAAGCGGCACAAGGCACAUUCUUCGGACCCAAUCCCAACGCCACCAACGUCAUGUAUGAGCAAAAAUGCGAGGUGAGCUCAGGCUGCAAUAUCGAUCAGACUAGUUUCAAGGCCAGUCUGUCACGUUGGCUCGGAAAGACGGCUGUAUUGGUCCCGAGUGUGAAGGCGAGUAUCGAGCCUCUGCUUCAGGCAUCCGCUUCCGGGGCCGCGUUGAGCUGCAGUGGCUACGAUAACUCGACUUGCGGCGUACAAUGGUACACGGGGGCUUUCGAUGGCCAAUCAGACUUUGGUGUUGAGCUGAGUGCGCUUGAAGCCAUCCAAAGCCUACUAGCGACGAGUGCACCCAAGCUGGCCAUCAAAUCUUAGAGACAUGUUACAGGCACCCCUGUGAAUGUAUUGUACAGAUAGAAUGCUAUUGCCAUACUUACUGUUAACAGUUAAUGUAUAUAUUUAUGGAUAAUGAUAUUGUAUAUAGGUAUCAGUUUAUUUAGUUACAGGUCAAUUUACUUGGCCAAUUAUAUAUUAUAUUACUUGGAGUGAAA